AUGGCCACUGUCACUGAAAACAGGCCUCCGAAUGCUGUUGUAGAAAAGAAAGAAGGCAUCACAAGUGCGAGUCACCAUGAUGUCUUGCUAGGUCGAGGAGGCGGAACGAACAAUCACAUUGGAAAUAAGAACUUUCGAAAGCUUGUCAAUGAUCACAAGAAGCGGUACCUUGCUUGCAGCAAAGUUGACAAACCUAAAAUUGCUAGGGAAGUGGUCGAGAUCUGGCAAAAAUUGGAUCCUCCAGGACGUUUUCUACAAAAGAUUUCAGGUGGGGAUUCUAGGUCCAAAGAACCCGCAGUCUACGAGGAAGUCUCAUUAAAAAAGGCACGAGAAAAGGCUUCUCAGUGCCUGCGAGAGCGAACUUCAGACGUUGUUCCGUAUUUGAAUAAGUAUCAGCAGGAUCAAGAUAAAAAGACAGAGCCUGGAGUCGACAAGGGCGAGGGAAAAGUGAACGGUGAGACCAAAGGAAAGGUUCCUGUCAAGACUUUACCCUCUCCCGAUCAAAGCACCUCAGGGGCAGUACCGAGCGAAACGGCCCAAGCGCAGCAAAAGAUUGUGCAGGCUGCCCAAAGCCAUCAAAGUGACCUUGGGUUACAACAACUCUACGCCCGUCAGCAACAAAACCUAAGACAAGCUUACAUGUCUGGGCCUGAUGGCCAGCAACAGCAGAGACUACAGCAAACAGCCAUGCAACAAACGGCCAUGCAAUCAAAUGGAAUGCAGCCCAUGCCACAAAAUGCCAUGCAACAAAAUGCAAUGCACAUGGCUCGUCAACAAGCCUUUCAUGAACAGCAAGUCCUCGAGCAUCAAACAAAAAUGCUUCUACAACAACAAAUGGCUAUGCAAGAACAAUUGCUAAAAAAUAAUAUAAUGGCGCAGCAACUCAUGUUGCAACGAAACGGCUAUGCCAUGGCAGCCGCCCAGCAGGCUGCCGCCCAACAAGGUUUGCCUCCUCCAGGAACUCCCGACGCCGCUAGACGCAUGUCACUCAACACGGGAUUUUCGCAACUGGGUAUAAAAAAUGGUGGCGUAUCUCCAGGGCAGCAUCACGUAGUGUCCAGCAGCAGUCCAGUUACCAUGCACAGCAAUAGCCCGGCUGUGCAUCAUGGUAAUAGUCCUGCUAUCUCUCAUAGCAGUCCCAAUGUUGUUGCAGGGCAAAUGAUGGUCCACAAGAUGGCAUCAAUACCAGUUCAACCCAAUCUGACUCAACUCAUUCAACCACCACCAAACAUGGUGCAACGGCAGAAUCUGACGACUCCAGAGCACCAGCCAUCGGCAUCCUUUGCACCCCUGCCUGAGGAGACAAGCAAUCAUCAUGACCAUCAUGACCACCAUCCAAUUCCGUUGGACAACAAUGACACCCAAAUAGACCAUACUGCGAUUCUUGAAUACAGCGCUCACCUAGAAAAACAAGAGCACCAAAAGAAAACACAAGGAGGAGCAGAAACAGAACACAAAGAGGCAGCACCAACAACAAACACAAGGAAAAAACCGAAAUCUCCUGUCGAGUCCCAGAUUCCAAAAAUGAUCGCCACCAAUUCCUCGGAUGACUUGGAUGCAAUCAAACCAGCGGUAGUUUCCAGUUCCGAUAUGACCGAGAAGGACCACCACCCGAAUGGAUUAGCGGACCACCAAACGGACCAUCUUCAUGAUUCUGGAAAGCUUAGUCAUUUCAGUGAUUACGAUGGGACACUACAAGACUAUCACACCCGACUGAAUGAUAGAGGAUCCCCCCAUGUUUUUGAUGAUGACAGUUCGGAAGAAAUGCUAAAGGAUCAUUCGGCACUGCGUGACCAUUCGGCUAUCCGGGACGAUUUACAAUCGGAAUCCUGUGAUCAUUCCCUUCCCCGUAAAAAGGCAGGCCGAAAGACUCGGCGUACUUCCAAAAGCUCAGUCAUGUCCAUGUCGAUUGGGAGUUUGUCGGGGAUGGAUUACUCGGCAGACGAACUUCGUGAUCACAAAAUGCAUUCCAGUCGAUCCUUUGGUUCGAAUCGGUCGCUGAUGAGCGAGUUGACGGAUUAUCAGGAUCUCAUUCUAUAG